GUAAGAAAGUAUACUUAAGAAUGGGAUUUUCAGUGAGAGAACAAGUGUGGUGGGUGGUGGCUGUUAUCAUAAUAUUAGGGUUUAAUGAUGGAAGUAAGGCGUGUUUGGUAGAAGAGAGAGAAGCUCUUCUCAAACUGAAAGAAGCCUUCAAUCAUCCAAACAGCUCGUCUCUCCCUUCUUGAAAAAACCUUACCAGUUCUGAUUGUUGUAGCUGGGAGGGAAUCAGCUGUGACAACUCCACUCAGAGAGUGACAAGCCUUCUUCUGGACUAUGUAAGAGCUCAAGAGUUUGAAGACAUCAACUGGUCAUUGAAUGCUUCUUAUUUUCUCCCUUUUCACCACCUUCAAGUAUUGGACUUGUCUGGAAAUUACUUGUCAGGGUUAUUUGGCGAACUUAAACUGGACAACUUGCAAACUUUGUAUCUGGAAGAUAAUAAGCUCACGGAAAUGCCGUUCUUUGAUAAUGUUUCUCAUUCCCGCAAUUUGAAGACUUCGAAAUUGUCUUUGAAUUCCUCAGAGGCUGGUCUUUCAGAAUCUCAUACAUCUCUUACAUUUCUAACCUCUUUGCGGAUCUUGUCACUUUAUAACAAUAGCCUUUCAGGCUCAUUGCCACAGCAAGGAGGCUUAUGCAAUCUGAAGAAUCUGAAAAUGUUGUCUCUUGGCCGCAAUAAGUUUAAGGGACUCCUUCCUUCGUGCCUCAGUAAUUUGACUUCUCUUCGUACAAUUGAUCUUCAAUACAAUGGUUUUGAAGGAAGCUUCCCUUCCUCACUCUUUCAUUCUCUAAAGUCACUGAGAUUCAUCUCUUUGGAGGAAACUCUUUCACUGGCACAGCAUCGUUUUCUCUGUUUGCCAACCACUCAAACCUUCAACUCUUCUCGAUCUCAUGUUCUAAUAACCCCAAUCUCAAGCUUGAAACUGAAAAUCCCCAAUUUCUCCCAUCUUUCCAAUUAAAGAUUUUCAGGAUUGUCAAAUGCACUAUGAAUGAAGCAAGCAAUCACAGAACUAUACCCUCUUUUCUUCAUCAUCAAUAUGACUUGAGAGUUCUAGAACUUGCCCGUUUAAAUAUUUCAGGAAGCUUCCCACACUGGCUUUUUACAAACAACACCAAAUUAAAUUCUCUGAGUUUCAAUUACAACUGCUUGACUGGUCCUUUUGAGCUCAACCACACCUCAAGAUUACUUGAUAUGCAACAUUUUGAAGUUUCUGCUAACCCUAUUAAUGAUGAAAUUCCUCCUCAUAUUGGCACAGUUUUCCCCAACUUGCUUUCUUUGAACAUGUCUUCGAGUUCAUUACAGGGUGGAUUUCCAGCUUCACUUGGUGACAUGAGGCAAUUGAACUCGCUAGACUUGUCCAAUAACAAUUUGUCCGGAUAUUUUCCCCAAGAAUUUGGUAAGGGUAUCAAUGACUUGAGGUUUCUAAAGUUGUCAAACAACAAUUUAACCGGUCCAUGUUUACCAAUAGGUUCAAAUUUCACGCAUUUGUUGUCCGUUGAUCUAAGCAACAACAGAUUUAAAGGAAAAGUACCAAAUGGAAUUAUUAAUAGUUCCGAAUUAAGAAUGUUGGAUUUAAGUGCCAACCAAUUAUAUGGUGAAAUGCCUAGCUGGAUUGGAAACUUUAAGCAUUUGGGUUUGCUCAUUUUGUCCCAAAAUUCUUUGGCAGGUCUAAUACCAGAAAGUUUUUGCAAUUUAGUUGAGCUGAAAUACCUAGACCUUUCACAAAAUAGAUUCAAUGGCACUUUGCCAAGCUGUCUAAAUAUGCCAUCACUGAGGUACUUACAUCUACGGGGCAAUUAUUUUUUGGGUCCCGUACCUUUUGUUUUAGCCAAAUCUCCCUUGCUGUUAACUUUGGAUUUGACAAUGAAUAGAUUUUCUUGUCAAAUUCCGAGGUGGUUAAAGUCAAUGUCAAACUUAAGGGUCCUCCUCCUAAAGGGAAACGAGCUUGAAGGUUCCAUUCCUUUAGAUGUGUGUAACCUUAAGAACAUAAGCAUAUUGGAUCUAUCACAAAACAAGCUUUCUGGAGGUAUACCAUAUUGUUUGGAUAACAUCACAUUUAGAAGGACGGAUGCAAUGAGUGGGACCACCAUAGGAAAAUAUUUUGUUCCCUGGACUACAAAAGGCCCAAUAUUUGUCUUUAAUUAUACAAGUGGUGAGCUUGACCAAAGAGAAAGCAUAAGGAAUUUUACAUGGUAUGAGGAACAAGAAGUGAACUUCAUGUCAAAAAGCAGGUAUGAAUCUUAUGAGGGAAAUGUGUUGGAGUUAAUGUCAGGCCUAGAUCUCUCAGAUAAUCAAUUGACAGGUGAAAUCCCGUUACAAAUUGGAUACUUGAACACUGUCCAUGCCUUAAAUUUGUCAAACAACUAUUUGACCGGGUCUAUUCCUGAAACGUUUUCUGACCUUAAUCAAAUAGAAAGUUUAGACCUUUCAUACAACAAAUUAAUGGGACAUAUUCCUCCCCAACUAACACAGUUGUACUCAUUGUCUGCCUUUUCUGUGGCUCACAAUAAUCUAUCCGGUAGGGUGCCUGACUGGAAAAACCAAUUUUCAACUUUUGAUCCAACUUGUUAUGAAGGUAACCCUUUUCUUUGUGGCCCACCUCUGCAGCAUAAUUGUUCAUCCAUUGAUAAACUAGUAGGGAGACACAUCCAUCCAUUUCAUUCCAAAGAAGAUGACUUCCGAGAAGUUUUCUUAUGGAGUUUUGGAGGAGCAUUUGUGGUCUUUUUUCUUGGUGUCAUUAUCUUUUUAUAUUUCAACUCUUACUUCUACAUUUACAAGUGAAUGGAAAAAGAAUGAGAAAGUUGUUUGCAUGGAUCAUAGAAGUAAUGAAAAAAAAGAGCCUUUAGUUCAUGAGAUUAUGAUCGUGCAAUUUGUAUUGACUAUAAAAAUGCAAUAAGGAAAUAUAUCCUUCAAGACUUCCAUGACACAAAUGGAAAUUAUACUAAAAUAUUAAGCCUAUUUUUAGUCCUAGCUA